GACGCACUUGAUGCGCUCCAGCUAGUCAGAUACUGCUGCAGGCGUAUGCUGAUGACUCAUGUUGAUUUAAUUGAAAAGCUUCUCAACUACAACACUCUGGAAAAAUCGGACAACAGUUAG